CAGGGGGAUGAUGGGUGGAGGGGAGGGCCGGGCUGCUGAACUAUAAAGAUAGGUCAAAUCAAAUAGUAUCACCUCGGGACGGAGCAAGCGGCAAGCUAGAGAGCGUCCCUAAGCCAUGGUCCCUACCGGCCGCGGCUCAGCCUGGGUCCCUCUGCUCUCAACCCGAGUGCCCGAAGCAGGCUUUGGUUUCAUGUCAGCAGCCCUCAUCUGCCUUCCAAAAAUAAGCCCCUGCCGCCAUGCUGAGGGGAGAAAAACAAGAAGGGCGGUAUUUUUAGGGCCAUUAAUUCUGACCACGUGCCUGAGAGGCAAGGUGGAUGGCCCUGGGACAGAGGCUGUUCAUCACUAUGUCCCGGGGAGCAGGACGUCUUCAGGGCACGCUGCAGGCUCUCGUCUUCCUAGGCGUCCUAGUGGGCAUGGUGGUGCCCUCGCCUGCAGGCACCCGCGCCAACAGUACGCUGCUGGACUCGAGAGGCUGGGGCACCCUGCUAUCCAGGUCUCGAGCUGGGCUUGCUGGAGAGAUCGCCGGGGUGAACUGGGAAAGCGGCUAUUUGGUGGGAAUCAAGCGGCAGCGGAGACUCUACUGCAACGUGGGCAUCGGCUUUCACCUCCAGGUGUCCCCCGACGGCAGAAUCAGUGGAACCCACGAGGAGAACCCCUACAGCCUGCUGGAAAUUUCCACAGUGGAGCGAGGUGUGGUGAGUCUCUUUGGAGUGAAAAGUGCACUCUUCGUUGCCAUGAACAGUAAAGGAAGAUUGUACACAACGCCCAGCUUCCAAGAGGAAUGCAAGUUCAGAGAAACCCUCCUGCCCAACAACUACAACGCCUAUGAGUCAGACUUGUACCGAGGGACCUACAUCGCCCUGAGCAAAUAUGGACGUGUAAAGCGGGGCAGCAAGGUGUCUCCAAUCAUGACUGUCACUCACUUUCUUCCCAGGAUCUAAGGACCCAUGAACAGGGGCUCACAGGUUGACAGCUAUAUAUCUAUUCUAUGGGAAUUUUGCACAAGUGAACGGUUCCCUCUUGUUCCCCAUGACUUCUGAAUCAGGAUUAUCUUGUGCCUGGGGAGACCUGGGUUUGUUUUCCUUGGCUACUUGAUCCCAUGGCUCUGAACUCACCCAAGUGAGGUGUGGCCACGAGCAUCUUAGACUAGUGAUGAAGCCUGUGCUUUGACCUCACCUGAGAAGAGAAGGUAGAGAUGACACCUGUGGAAUGUGACUAUGGGCACAGGAAAGGGCCAGGGUGGGAGUAUGUGUGUGUCCACGUAGAUCCAUCCAUCUCUGUAUAUAUUCUCAGAGCAAAAGUAUUUCAGAGCAUCGAGUUUCUUUCCCCUGGCCUCAUCGCUGCAGGAAUCUGCCUGCAAGAAUGUCACCUGUCAAGCCAGAAGGAUUGAUCUGCUCCCAUUCUGCCUCUUUCCAAUCACCUUUUCAUUCAGAGGCCGCUGACGGCACAGGCGACACGGGUGGUUGGGAGCAGCUGUCCUCCGAGUGCAAAGAGGGCAGGACAAGAGGGUGUGAACUUUCAAUGCCAACCAGGAAAAGAGUGGUCAGAUGCCCCGAGCUUCAUGCCUGUGGGGGGUUCUAGGGAAACUGGGAUGCAUCAUCAAAGCCACGGGGUAGAAGGGGGUCACCUUCUUGGAAGAAAGUGGCAGAGCAGUGCCCAGGGCAAUUGAACAAGGUCCACUGGAGGCAUCAGGAGGAACUGAGUGUUCUGUGGAGAGCUGUUCUGCCUGGAGGACUUCAUGCUGUGUGUGCUCCAAGAACAAGUAAGGGCCAGGCUGCCUGCCCGUGACUUUUCCUCACUUUGAACCAGGUCUUAUUUUAACCUCAGAUGACAAGGAUCCUAAUAAUGGCAACCUCUUUGGCAAGGAAGGGGAUGCAAAAUAGGGCAUGAAGGAAGUAGAGAGGCUUUGGACUACAGAUGAUAAUUCCUCUCCAACCAUGUCCAGGAAACUCACCCAAGUUCUCAUCUGAUACUCUCACUUCCUUCUCAGUCGUCCUCAUCUCGCGUACACGCAGCACCCUGGAUGCAAUAGAAUGGGCCCCAUGACCUCUAGAGUUUGCCCCCUGACUCCCUACAGUAGAAGAGGAGUGCUAAUCCUGGGAGAUCAAGCAGCCAAGCUGAAGUGGCUCCUCGCUGUACCAUGCCUUCUUGCCUCCUGUCCUUUGAGAGUAUUUAAAGCAGAGGUUCCCCGAGUGACUAUAAAUGUGGUCUGCCUGGAGCCUUCAGAUUCCUGAACCAUUGGAAUGUUCCUAAAUCUGAAACCAGAGAGAGCCGUAUCAGAGUGCAAAUAUUUUCGGCAUAUGUGAACCAUCGAGUUACAAAAUGACCUGACACCCUUUGCUACUCUCAGGGGCCCCGGCCUGCAAGACAAUCCCUCAUCUGUUGCAAAUACCUUCAUCUUCAACAUACCUCUCUAUUCGUAGAUGCGUGCAUCUAUAGAUAGAUCGGGGCGAGGGAUUCUGAGUUGAAGAUGGAGGUUGGCAAUCCCAGGGAGAGACACUGUGCUGGCUGCCUCCUCUACUCUGCAAGGAUCAGGGUGGAUGUGUGCUGGGUAAAGAGGUAAAGGCCAUGGCAAGGUGAGCUAAGAUUAACAGACAGUAGUGGCUCAGCAGCAUGUGUGCAUGUAAUCAAGCCUUGGAAAGAAACUAGAAGGAGCUGGAUCUUGGAUCAAGUGGAAGGGAGAGGAAAUCAGUCCAUCUUGACUGUCAUAAUUUUGAAAACACAGGUCUGCUUGGAGGCAGGAGACCACCAACUUGGUUAUUUUUUAAGAGAUCUGAUCCAGUGUAAUCAGUCUCUUUAACAGAGCAUAUCAGAAAUGAAGGCACUAAGGACCUAAGGUGCAUCUGUAUUCCUGAUGGAACUGGGAAUGCAGGAUGGCUGGAUGGAUGUCUAUACCCAUUUUCCAUGCUAGGUGUGAGGAGAGGCCAUGAAAUAUAGGUCCGGCCACUAUGUAGUCAUACCAGCACACUGAUUUUCUGUGACUGACACCAAUUAUGAGAAGGUGGGCAUCCGGUCCAACUGGUACCAGUAUGACCUGCAUCAUACUAGUUUUUAAGUAUUUUGAAUCUUAUCUCUGAAUGUACAGAUGUAUGGUUGAUGCUUUUAGAUUUUUCUCAUGCAAAAUAAUUCACUUAAAGGCUUUCUCUUUUACUUAUAAGGGACUUAGGCUUAAGAAAAGUCCCACCCACAAAAAUUGAUGAAAGGAUAUCAAAGGGCAUUUCAAUCCCUUUUCUCCUGCUACUAUGCACAGAGUGUGGAGAGUUGGUUUGUACCUGGUCAAAUGUCCACUGAGUCCCACACUCAGACUCAGCUGUCAGCCCCAUUGGAUUCAAAAGACUGUGGCAGAUGUUACCAUGGGCAGGGGAAUAGUGAGCCCAACUUUCUCACUGAGGAUGUUCUAAGAAUGAUUUGGAUCAUCCCUCCCCCAAAUCCUGAGCAAAUGGACCUGGUUUAUAGAGUUUUGUAGCUAAUUGGACUCUCUUCUAUCCUGAACCUUCUCUGGCAGCUCCAUGCAAACUUUGGGUUCCAAGAGCCAAGAGGCUGACUUAUACCCUCUCCAAGAGCAAAUGAUAAUGAAGAGAAGAGCAUAUCUACGUACACUUGAAGAUGGACUUCUCAGCUAGGAGGAGGUUAGCUCCGAAGCAAGUAGGGAGUCACAGGACCCUUAUAAAAUCUCCAUCGUCUCCAGGGCAAUGGAUGGACCUCCUAGAAAACCAGAAAAUUCUAAAUGUUUUGUUCAAGUUGUUGAUUAGGUCUGUGUAAUCAUUCAAAGCCUUUUAAUAUCUUUUCUUUUUCCCACUUUCUAAACAUUUUUGGAACUCCCUUGAAAAACUGCAUAUGAUUUUGAAAUUAAUACCUUAUCAUUAUCUUCCACAGCUUUUCCCUCUACCAGCAUGUCCCACAGUACCUCCAACACACACACACACACACACACACACACACACACACACACUCACACAUAUAUUCAAGUCCUUGGUCAGGGCUAUUCUAAUGGCUUAACAAAGACAAAGAACAUUUUUUCUUGUUAUCUGAUUCAGGAUAAAAAUAUUUCUCCUUUUUAGACAUAUAGUCUUCUCCCCACACCAACAAUCCAGGUUUGAAAUCCUCUCCUGUCCCAAGAACUAUCCUGAACAUUUUGAAAUUCUCUUUCCUUGCAGGAUUUGGGCCCUUUUCUAUGCUAAGACCUCAGAUCCUUCAAGUGCUUGCUCUAUGUAAGUCCUGAGGGAAGGAGGACAUGGAAGAGCUUAUGAGCUAUCAUUUCUCUUUCUCCCAGUGUCUGACAUCCAUGGCCUUUGAUGCAUUGUGCCACAGUCACUGGGGCAAAUGUAGCUACCACAUGACUUGUUGGCCCCCAAAACACCAAAUGUCCCCUCUUCCCUUUAUUCUCUUCUACUUUUUAUGUGGACACAAACUAGAAGACCCCUACUUCUCUCUAUCCCUCUGCUUUUCCCCAAAGACUCUGGGCCAGUUGUCACUCAGAAGGUUUUCUCUGCCACUUGCCACUCUCAGUCUGCCCAGUGGGUCUGUGGUAGAUGCUCCUUCCUUCCUUACCCACAGGAACCAGCCACCCCUGUGUCACUGCCCCCAAAGCCCCCAACGAUAGGGAGGUUCAGGACAAGGCCCAAAGGAUCUGUACAAAUACUAUAGUUUGUGCUUACACCUGAGUGGACAAUUCCUCUUCCCAGAGCUGGAGAAGGACGUGAGUAUGCCCCAGUUGGAUCCUGAAUCUAGUGCAGCAUAUGGAUAGCCAACAUAGAACCAUUCUUGUAUACCUCAUUGAACUACUGAAAUUCCAGCCCCAAACAGCUGUGUUUUGAUGUGGUUUUUCUCUUUCUGUACAUCAUUAAGUACCUCAGGCUGGGUCCCGGUGCAAAGCUGUCCUUAAACUUGGGUACAGCGGAUAGGAAAACCCAGAAGCUGUUCAGUCAUGUGCUUGUGAAAUGUGAUGCUUCUAUUUUUUAAUAUGUAUGUGCUAUGCACAAACCAUAUCAUGUUCCAGCAAAAAAGUAAAAGGUCUUUUUAUACGUUUCUCUAAAUUGUUUCACUCCACCCCUCCUAUUAAAACUGACAACAAA